AUGCUUGCUACGAUGACAAGGCACAUCACUGCGUUGUUUCUUUAUUUCCUUCCGAUAUGUCUUGCUGCUAGCAAGUGCUACUAUCCCAACGGUGUUGAAGCCAAUGAUUUCCCUUGCGACCCGGAUGCGGAUGAAAGUGUCUGCUGUUCUGGAGGGUUGGGUACAGUAUGUCUAUCCAAUAAGCUGUGCAUUGGGGCGGACGGAAACACCUUGAGGGGCUCGUGUACGGAUAAGAACUGGGCGUCGCCUGAGUGUGCUAUGUUCUGUCUGGGCGCGGACAAGGGAGGGACAGAUUUGAUAUCGUGCUCGAACGUCACAGGUAGCGAUACAUCGUUUUGUUGUGAUCACAACUCAGGCUGUUGCAACAGUGGUGUCGGGAGAUUCGCUGUCCUCCCAUCCAAUCCAAAAGUAUGGGCGACAUGGAAUCGAAAAGCAAAUGAGUACACCGUUGUAGGGACGAUAUUCACUGACGAAUCCACAUCCACAACUGCGUUGGUUACUUCAGACACAUCUUCUUCGGUCACAGUCGCAACAUCAACACAUGCCACUACGACCAGCGAGGCAUCUGCAUCAUCAAGCUCCGCGUCCGAUACACCAGCAUCUUCCGAUGAGCCCGCAGGAAUGUCCACCGGUGCAAAAGCAGGAAUUGGUGCUGGUAUCGGCGUCGGGGCCAUGCUGGCUGCAACAGUCGUAUAUCUUCUGUGGAGAAUACGGAAGAACAAGAAGGCUGCCGAGGGGAAUAAUCAUCUACCACCCACAUACUAUGGACCAGGAAUGGAAUCAUCUUGGCAACAAUCUCAUUAUGCGCUUGGAGUGAAGGAGUUCCAGUCUCACCAACCACAGGAACUUCACGGGCAGGCGUUGCAAGGUUACAAUAUACGGGCAGAACUACCAGCACAUAAUUGA